AUGGGCAUCAAAGGCCUCACCGCCAUCAUCGCAGAACACGCACCGAAUGCUAUCAAAGAACAUGAGAUCAAGACCCUCUUCGGCCGCAAGGUCGCCAUCGACGCGUCCAUGUCCAUAUACCAGUUUCUCAUCGCUGUCAGGCAAAAGGACGGAGAGCUCCUGACGAACGACGCGGGUGAGACGACCAGUCACCUCAUGGGUUUUUUCUACCGCACGAUACGAAUGGUGGACAACGGAAUCAAGCCGCUGUAUGUAUUUGACGGAAAACCCCCAGAGCUCAAGUCCGGAGUCCUGUCGAAACGUUUCGAGAGGAGAGAGGAAGCGAAGGAAGAUGAGGAGGAAGCAAAGGAGACAGGUACGACGGAGGACGUGGACAGGUUCUCGAGACGGCAAGUCAAAGUCACACGAGAACAGAAUGAGGAAUGCCGAAGGCUCCUUACGCUGAUGGGCGUCCCAUGGGUAGUGGCACCGUCAGAAGCUGAAGCACAGUGUGCUGAGCUUGCGCGUGGCGGCAAGGUCUAUGCAGCUGGCUCAGAAGACAUGGAUACUCUCACCUUCAACUCCGCUAUCCUCUUACGACAUCUCACCUUCUCCGAGGCGCGCAAGGCUCCUAUUAGCGAAAUAAACCUCGAGAAGGUCCUUGAAGGCCUUGAAAUGAGCAUGUCACAAUUCAUUGACCUCUGUAUUCUCCUUGGCUGCGACUACCUCGAGCCCAUCAAGGGUGUCGGGCCCAAAUCCGCGUUGAAACUCAUCCGCGAAUACGGCGGGCUUGCCGAAGUUGUCGAGCACCUCCGCGAGAAGUGUGGUGGGAUCUCGGUGCCGGACGAGUGGCCCUGGGAGGAGGCAAAGAAGCUAUUCGAGAAGCCGGACGUCACGCCCGCGAGCGAGGUCGAGAUCGAGUGGAAGGGGCCUGACGUCGAGGGCCUCGUCGACUUCCUCGUGAAGGAAAAGGGCUUCAACGAGGACCGUGUGCGCAAAGGCGCGGAGAAGCUCACGAAGGGCGUCGCAGCGAAGCAGCAGGGCCGCCUCGACGGGUUCUUCAAAGCACCGGCGAAAGCAGAGAAGAAAGAGAAGAAGGAUGAGGACAAGAAGCCGGCGAAGGGCAAGAGUAAGGGAGACGCCAAGGGGACGAAGCGCAAGGUCGGUUGCCUCUAA